CCUUGCGCCUGCGCAGAUCUUUUCAAAGCAGAAGGUCGCGCUUGGAGGAAGUGGCGGCCUUGGGUCCCGUGACGGAAGCGCCGUUACUAGUUCUCUGAAGCUCCUCUCGGCUGCUUGCCGAGAUACCCUGCCGCCAAGAUGCCUCGAAUUAUGAUCAAGGGGGGCGUGUGGAGGAAUACCGAGGAUGAAAUACUGAAAGCAGCAGUAAUGAAAUAUGGGAAAAAUCAGUGGUCUAGGAUCGCUUCGCUAUUGCAUAGAAAAUCAGCAAAGCAGUGCAAAGCCAGAUGGUAUGAAUGGCUGGAUCCAAGCAUUAAGAAAACAGAAUGGUCCAGAGAAGAAGAGGAAAAACUCUUGCACUUGGCUAAGUUGAUGCCAACUCAGUGGAGGACCAUUGCUCCAAUCAUUGGAAGAACAGCAGCCCAGUGUUUGGAACACUAUGAAUUUCUUUUGGAUAAAGCUGCCCAAAGAGACAAUGAAGAGGAAACAACAGAUGAUCCACGAAAACUUAAGCCUGGAGAAAUAGAUCCAAAUCCAGAAACAAAACCAGCACGGCCUGAUCCAAUUGAUAUGGAUGAGGAUGAACUUGAGAUGCUUUCUGAAGCUAGAGCCCGCUUGGCUAAUACCCAGGGAAAGAAGGCCAAGAGGAAAGCAAGAGAGAAACAAUUGGAAGAAGCAAGACGUCUUGCUGCUCUCCAAAAAAGAAGAGAACUUCGAGCAGCUGGCAUAGAAAUUCAGAAGAAAAGAAAAAGGAAGAGAGGAGUUGAUUAUAAUGCUGAAAUUCCAUUUGAAAAAAAGCCUGCUCUUGGUUUUUAUGAUACUUCUGAGGAGAACUACCAGGCUCUUGAUGCAGAUUUCAGAAAAUUAAGACAACAGGAUCUUGAUGGGGAGCUAAGAUCUGAAAAAGAAGGAAGAGAUAGAAAAAAAGACAAACAGCAUUUGAAAAGGAAAAAAGAAUCUGAUUUACCAUCAGCUAUUCUUCAAACUAGUGGUGUUUCUGAAUUUACUAAAAAGAGAAGCAAACUAGUUCUUCCUGCCCCUCAGAUUUCAGAUGCAGAACUCCAGGAAGUUGUAAAAGUAGGCCAAGCAAGUGAAAUUGCACGUCAAACUGCUGAGGAAUCUGGCAUAACAAACUCUGCUUCUAGUACUCUUUUGUCUGAGUACAAUGUCACCAACAAUAGCAUUGCUCUUAGAACACCACGAACACCAGCUUCCCAGGACAGAAUUCUGCAGGAAGCCCAGAACCUCAUGGCCUUGACCAAUGUGGACACCCCAUUAAAAGGUGGACUAAAUACCCCAUUGCAUGAGAGUGACUUCUCAGGUGUGACUCCACAGCGGCAGGUUGUACAGACUCCAAACACAGUUCUUUCUACCCCAUUCAGGACUCCUUCUAAUGGAGCUGAAGGACUGACUCCCCGGAGUGGAACAACACCCAAACCAGUUGUUAACUCCACCCCUGGUAGAACUCCUCUUCGAGACAAGUUAAACAUUAAUCCCGAAGAUGGAAUGGCAGACUACAGUGAUCCCUCUUAUGUGAAGCAGAUGGAAAGAGAAUCUCGUGAACAUCUCCGUUUAGGAUUGUUGGGUCUUCCAGCUCCUAAGAAUGAUUUUGAAAUUGUUCUACCAGAAAAUGCUGAGAAGGAGCUGGAAGACCGUGAAGUAGAUGAUACUUACAUUGAAGAUGCUGCUGAUGUGGAUGCUCGAAAGCAGGCCAUACGGGAUGCAGAACGUGUAAAGGAGAUGAAACGAAUGCACAAGGCUGUCCAGAAGGAUCUGCCAAGACCAUCAGAAGUAAAUGAAACUAUUCUAAGACCCUUAAAUGUAGAACCACCUCUAACAGAUUUACAGAAAAGUGAAGAAUUAAUCAAAAAAGAAAUGAUCACAAUGCUUCAUUAUGACCUUCUACAUCAUCCUUAUGAACCAUCUGGAAAUAAAAAAGGAAAAACUGUAGGAUUUGGUACCAAUAAUUCAGAGCACAUUACCUAUUUGGAACAUAACCCUUAUGAAAAGUUCUCCAAAGAAGAGCUGAAAAAGGCCCAGGACGUUCUGGUGCAGGAGAUGGAAGUGGUAAAACAAGGAAUGAGCCAUGGAGAACUCUCAAGUGAAGCUUAUAACCAAGUGUGGGAAGAAUGCUACAGUCAAGUUUUAUAUCUUCCUGGGCAGAGCCGCUACACACGGGCCAAUCUAGCCAGCAAAAAGGACAGAAUUGAAUCACUUGAAAAGAGGCUCGAGAUAAACAGGGGUCACAUGACUACAGAAGCCAAGAGAGCUGCAAAGAUGGAAAAGAAGAUGAAAAUUUUGCUUGGGGGUUAUCAGUCUCGUGCUAUGGGGCUCAUGAAACAGUUGAAUGACUUAUGGGACCAAAUUGAGCAGGCUCACUUGGAGUUACGUACUUUUGAAGAACUCAAGAAACAUGAAGAUUCUGCUAUUCCUCGGAGGCUAGAGUGUCUAAAAGAAGAUGUUCAGCGACAACAAGAAAGAGAAAAGGAACUUCAACAUAGAUAUGCUGAUUUGGUCCUGGAGAAAGAGUCUUUAAAUUCAAAGUUCUGAAGCAUAGUUUAUAUUCUGUCACAGGAUGAAUUAAUUGCUGGUUUUCAUAUUCUGGAAGGCUGAAACUGAUGUUUAUUUUCAUUGACAAAUUUACCCACCAUCUGUGGUUUUUCAGUUGUUUAUCCUAAAUGCUAUGAAUCUUACAUAUUCCGUGUACAAAGACUUUAACUCCACAGGACGGAUAUUUUAGGGUUUAAAUUAAUAAGAUCAUUCUUUUAGCAGUGUCAUAUUUGCAAAAUUUUUUAGUUUUGGCCUUUAAUUUAAAAAGCCUGAUUUUAAAGUGCUGCCUAUGAGUAAACUUGAAUAAAACCAAAAUAUAAAAAAUUGAAAAUGUAGCCUUUUGUUUGAAGUAACUAGAUACUUAGAGAGCCCGCAAACCAGCAACUAUGUACCCUGUGUCAUAUUUAGUGAGUAACUCUUGGGUAAUCGAAAUGGCAAUCCAGUAUCUUAAGUCCUUAAGAGGCAAUCCUUUGUGGCUUUGUUAGUUUCAGCAGUCAUUUCUCUAUACACUGACAAGAUAGAUUAACUUUGUAAUACAAGUUUUUUCUUAAUAUCACUUUAGGGAGGGUCUCAUCUCUGUCAGCUAUUUACACAGUAUAUGGAUUAGGGUUUAAGAAAUUUAAUUUUUCUUGACCUCUUUUUUUUAUAAGUAUUUUUUUGACAAAGGCAUUUUAAAGGUUAAUUUUAACAAAGCUAUCAAACUUUAUUUCAAGCUCUGCAUUUAGCUGAACAAGUCAAUCACACAUGUAUAGAAUUUGGGCAAUGGAUAGAUGUGGGAAGAUCUAAUUUUAUAACAAUUUAUAUAUAAUAUAAAUAUAUAAAUUGAUUAAUAUAAAAUGAUUUAAUACAAUAUAAGUUGGCUACCAGCUCAACAUAGGCCAACAAUGUGUUGUGCUCACCAAAAAAAGUUUGCCCAAUUUUAGAAUACUAGGGACUAAAGGGAGGGAAGGAAGGAUUCAUUCAUUCAUACAUAUGUUUAUUCAUCAGAUAUUGAAUAUAUACCCUGUGCCAUAGUCUUGGAGAUAGAACAGUGCAUAAAAUAGGCUUGUUUCCUGUUUUGUGGAGCUUACAGUUUGUUGAGAAUGACAAUUAAAAGCCAGAUGUUUAUUGAGUGACUCUUAUGUGUCAGGCACUUAUUUAAAUAGUGUUAGAAAUGAGCACUUAUUGAGACAGAGUUCUUGCUCUCAUGGAGGUGACAUUAGUGCGGUGGGGGGAAGUACUAAACACAUACAGGGAAAAGUAUCAGAUCAUGAGUUUAAUAUUCUACUGAGGAAAUUAAAAUAGGGUGAUGUGAGAUAGUGACUGGCUACUUUAGAUUGGAUGAUCAAAGAGAUCUCUUGAAGAGGUAACAUUUAAGAUAACAUGUGAUUGACAUUUUAGAAGGAGCCAUCCUUGUGGGGUUCAAGGAAAGAGUAUCCAGGCAGAGUGAAUAGCUUGCACAAAGCCUCUUUGGUUUAUUUAAGGAAAAAAAAAGGAGGACAGUGUGGCUGGAGUGUCAAGAAUGGCAUUUACGUAAGACCUGGUUGAUUAGGGCCUCUUAUAUAAGGCCAUGGGAAGGAAUUUGGGUCUUAUUUUAGAUAUGAUGGGAAGCUAUGAGAAGAUUCUAAAGGAAUGAUGUGAUCAGCUUUGGUUUUAGAAACAUCACUGUGGCCAUAUUGUAUAAUGUCUCACCAGGCUGGAGAUAGGGAAGCCAGUUACUUUAUGAGCAUAAUGCAGUAAUUUGGCAAACAAUAGUAGUGACUCAGCCUAGAGUCAAGACAGUGGUGAUAGAGACAGGUGGAGAGAUUUGAAAGGUAGUAGCUUCUGUAUUCUUAUCAGACACAUUGAUAUUUUCCUGGUAUUUAGCAACUUAAUUCUUUAAUACUUUUCUCAGUAAUUUCUCCUGGGUUUUCUAGGAAAUACUUCGAUAUCUUCUGUGAAUAUGAUAAUGUUUCUUCUAAUAGUGUUAUUUCAUUUUUAUUGCAUGUUUUGUCUGAAGUGUUUAGAACAUUGUUAAAUAAUGAAGAUAAUGGUAGACAUUCUAGUUUUGUUUAUGAUUUUAAUGGGAAUGUCCAUAGUGUUUUACUUUUGAGUUAGAGACUCUUCAUCUACAAAGUUAGUGUCUAUUUUUAAAGAGUUUGAGUUAGAAAUGUCUCUGGAGUUUUAUCAAAUAUACUUUUUGGGCAUCUGCUAAGAUGCUCAUACACUCCUGGAAUCAGGUAGAUUGAUUAAAAAUUUUUUUCUUUAAAAGAUUUAUAGUUCAUUUGCAUUUUGUGUAGACUCAAAUUAUAUGUGUUUAAAAUAGUUGAUUUAAUAAUAUUAAUAAAGACUCACUUUUCUCAAAAUUUGAAGUAAUGCACAUACUUAUAGCCUAAAAAAGUCAUCAAGAAUUGCAGAAUUUCAAAACUGGCAGUCUCAGUGCAUUGUGAACUGCCUAUGCUCUUGCCAUGUAGCAGUGCUGCUUUAACAGGUAAACAAACAUGCCCUCAUCCUUUAUUAGUAUCCUGUAAAGCCUAGGGUUCUUUACCAGCACCACUGUGAGCGAUUUUGGUGACUGUUUUAACAUUCAUAUUGAUCAUGUUCUCUCACAGGCAUUCUUUAAAGUGAUGGUGUUAAAAACUGGUAUUGAAAAGCAUGUCCAAGUCUCAGUAACUUUGGGACAGAAAUUAAAUGUGAUAAAGAGCUGAAAGAAACCUCCAUCAUGAGUGAGUCCUCUUCAAAAUAUUAGAAAUAAUGCUGGGAUAAUAAGAAACAGUAUCAAAAACUAUAGUGAUUGCAGACUUAGGUGGUCCAACCAUGCAUCCGCCCUAGGAAUGCAUUUCUCUUAAAAUGUGACCACCCUCUUGGUAUUUUAGAAUUAGAUUUACUAAUCUUUUAUUGAGGAAAUUUACAUCUUCACAUGAGUGAGAUUGUUUUUUUGGGCUAUUAUACAAAUUUUGACAUUGGGAUUUUGCUAGCUCUAUAAAGUAAAUAGGAUAACUUUUCUGUGCAUUAGCAUUUAUAGCAUGGGCAUGAUUUGUUUCAUGAAAGAUUGAACGGUGAUGCUUGUAAAACUUUUGAGUUCUGAGCCUUUUGUUGGAAAUAAUUUCUUCAUAACUGUCAGUUUCUUUUGUAACUAUUAGUAUGU